AUGACUCCUCAAUCACUCCGUCUCAGUCGAUUCCCUUGCGAGACUUCAGAGUCAAGUACAGGGAACUCGACCGGUUGCCGCAAACCAGUCAGCAUUAUAGCCAAAGCGCCGGGUGAGACUCUCCCGGUGGAUGCAGUGGGAUGGGCGAGCAACAUCAGCUGCUCCUGGAUCCACAGAUAUCGCGUCUCGCGCGACACGCUGCAGAAAAGGGCCAAUCUUCCGCAGCAUCACCAGAACUUGCUGGACAAGACUUCCGGCGCGACUCCCAAGAUGCCCCACAUCGACGGCGUGGAGAUGAACGGACGCCGCAUGAAGGGAAAAUAUCGAGAAGAGCUGCAAACGCAUGGACAGCUCAAGGGAUCAAUGUUCAGAGUGAUGCUGAAGUUCUGCAAGACCAGGAUCUUCUUCGCCACUCUCUUCCACAUCUUGGCCAUCUGCCUGGGAUUCUUGGGGCCAAUUCUCUUCCUCAAUCUGACUCUGCACUCAAUGAGGAAUGAACAAGAAGUGCUGAACAACAGAACAGCCGCCGAAUUGAGCAGCAAUUCUAUCAAUGCAACCGAGAGUGAUUUGGAUGCAAAUGCAACGACUCGAAUGCAAUUCCAGCGCGAAGUGGGCAUUCCUGUGCUCAAUCGCAUUGGAUUUGCUGUGGGCAUUUCGCUCUGCUUCUUCCUGAAGACCAUCUUUCUCAGCACAAGCAAUUGGAUCAAUCUGCGCACUGCCAUGCGACUGAGGACAGGAAGCCUGGCCACGGCUUUCGAGAGUGUGAUGAAGAGUGUGAUCACUUAUGCCAUUUCACCGCAUCAGUUGAUGACGCUGGUCAUGGAAGAGGGCGAUUACAUGGUGGAGAUGAUCAUGAAGGGUCAUCGCGUUGUUGGCAAUCUACUCAGCUUCGUUAUUGCUUUCAUCGUGGCGAUUGGGCUUCUGUCCACGCCGGGAAUGUGGCCACUCUUCGUCAUCUUUGGACUUCUCAUACUUGCCAUUCCACUGGCAAAAAUCUCAACAUACCACAUGAGAAAAUCCUUCUCGUAUUUGGCCAAGAAGCUGACACAAGUCGAGGAGUUUUGCCUCUACUUCAGGGACAUUGUGAUAUUUGGAAACCACGAAAACACCACGAAGAAGAAGUUCCUCAACGCCAUGGAAGAGCAGCACUCAUCCAUGAAAUGGGCCUACAUUUUCUCCACCAACUUCUCCGGAAAGCUAACAUCUGCCAUGCUCCUGGGCGGAUUGUACAUGAUGUGGUGCGAUCCUCAGGUUCAAACUGAGAGCAUCGACGUUCUCACGCUGAUGAUCUUGUAUGCUUUCAUUGUUCAGAACUACGUCGCUGAUUUCUUCCAAUCGCUUGGAGCAAUUUUCAACGGGAAAGCAAUCUUGGACAAGUUGAUGCACAUUUACAACAUGAAGUCUGCAAGUCCAGCGAAAUACAAGCCAGAAUCUUACAGAGUCAUUUUCAUCAAUGACAAGGAAUUCAGGUGGCACUCAUCAUUGAACGAGAAGAAGAGCAAUAAAUACAAUCCUCCGCCGAAGGAAGAGGCGAUUCUCAGGAUAAAAGAGUUCUACGUUGCCAGUGAUCAGAUUGUUGGACUCACUGGACCGCCAAAGUCCGGCAAAUCCAUGCUUUUGUACUCAAUUCUGGGCCACACUCAGUGGACGGACGGCAUCACGGGUUUGUCCAAGGGAGCCUUCCAGAAGCGCGGCAAAAUAGCCUUCUUCCCCGAGGACUGCGCUCUCUGCCUGGGCUCUCUCAAAGACAACAUCCUGAUGGGCGCGGAAUUCGACGAGAAACUCUUCUACGAAGCAAUAAACGGCGCUCAACUCAAUGACAUACUCAUUCGGCCGGGAAUGGAAGAUGAAGAUAUUGGAUCUCUGGAGCUGAGUGUGAGUCAAUUGGAUAGACUCACUCUGGCUCAGGCAAUCUACACGAAUCGCAAUAUUAUCCUGCUGGACAAUCCGAUGAGCAGAUACACUGAAUCAUCGGAUGGCGAUGUUUUCCGGCUGUUUAAUAAUUUCUUCAACAUCCUGCGCAAUCAGAAGAAAACCGUCAUUCUGGCCACUCAAGAUCACAACUUUUUAGCGCUUUGUGGAAGAAUUUACGUCAUGGAAAACUGCAGUAUUGCAAUGGAGUUGAACUACCAAGAUCUCACAAGCUAUCCAAACUAUGAGAACUGGAAUAAGAAUUAUGCAAAGCUGAGAAAUGUCAUCAAUGCCGAGCGACUUAAUGGUUGCAAUCCGGCUGGCAUCACUCCGUUCGUGAAGAAGGACAACCGAAAGGCUAAAGGACACUUCAAUGGCGAUGGAACAACAACGGAAUCUGAGCAAGUUCUGAUCGUGAAGGACGGAAGCAAUUUGGAAUCCACAAUCAGCAUAACGAAUUUAAUGCUUCUCUCCGUGUUUCUCGUAAUCGUGCACGUUAUCAUCAGUGGAAGUUACAUCACUCUUCCAGGAUACAUUAUUCUGGCUCAAGUUCUCUCAAUUGAGCUGUGGAUAUCCCUGAUUAGCUUCGGAUUUGUCUGCGUGUCCUUCGUUAUGGAACUGUUUGACCGAAUUUACACAUCAAAAAUUGGCGAAAAGUAUUCAGUGAAGCACGAGAAGGACAAAUUGGAAUUACUCCUCACAACAUCAAUGAAUUUCCUCUAUAAUCGACCAGUUUCUGACUUGGUGUUCAUCUUCAUGGCGAACUCACAUGAUCUCCUCUACGCACAUCGCUAUAUCAUUCACAAAAUCGUACUUAUUCUGGUUGCCACGGUCUAUCUGACCUUCGCGAAUCCUUGGACAAUUAUUGUGAUAGUACUUUUAAGCAUUGCAUGUACCUGGAUUUACUUCUACCUCAAGACAACCGUGGAAGAAACCUAUGGGAAGGAGUUCGAGACGAGACGAAAGAUGUUCAGGCACAUAACAAAUUGCGUCCGCACGAGAGAUGUUUAUGGCAAUUCAUCAAAGUCCUGCAAAAUGCUGUAUGAAUUGCUGGAAGAGAACUCAACACUUCAGUUCAUGCGAAAAUGCGUGGUUCAUCAUGCUCAGUUCAUCAUGAAUGUCUUUCUCACUCUCGGACUCUUCUGUACGUGCUGCUUCAUGUUACUCCUUCCGAAUGCGUCUCUUGACGAGCAGAAGCUACGCUACACUUAUGGAUUGCUUCUGUACUUGAUCAUCGCACGGAACUUCCAGGAAAUGAUCCAAAACGGCAUCUUCGAGAGGGCAGUUGCUGCCAAGAACACCGCAAUCGUGUCGCAUCUCGUGCAUGAUCUCGAGAAGACCAGGAGCUUAGAUGUGGUGGAAUCUGUGUCGGAUCACAGUAAGAGUCUGAGCGUGAGCAUUAUGAAUGUCAUUGGCAAGAUGGGAAAUGUGCGAAAGCUCAACAUCAAGGAAGUUCACGUGAAUGCUGGAGAAAAGGUCGGAAUUCUGAUGGAAGGAUCACACUUGUUAGUGCCAAUGUUUGGUAGAGUUCUAUCUCCGCAAUCAGGCGUUAUAUUCUUCGGACAGAAGGAUAUUGCAUCCUUUCCGGAACCACACUUCCGCAAGAUUGUCGGCUUCAUUUCAAGCGAUCUACAGCCCAGUUCAGCGACAAUAUUAUCCAUCAUCAAUCCGUACAAUAAGUGGGAAGAAAAGGACCUGGAAGAAGUAAUGCGAGACUUCGAGCUUGGCCAAAAGAUAUCCAUUUUACCCAAGAAGUUAAACGACACGAUUUCCCAUCUAACUGCGGAUGAGAAGCAAAUCCUGUGUCUGGUCAAAAUUGUGCUUGAAAAACCGACUAUUGUUAUUGUGGAAAAUCCUCAUCCAGAUGCCCUGAAUAAGAUCAAUUCAACAAUCAAUGAUUCCUUCAAGGAAGCAACAGUUAUCAAAAUUGCAACUAGUCAGCAUCAGUUAAUUUCAUGCAAGCGUAUUCUGUAGGAAAUUAAUUACAGAAUUUUCUUCAAGACCCAUUGAAAAGAAAAGUGCUCUAAAUUUUUUUU